AUGCCUUUGACAGACCUCGUAUCCGUCAUCCCACCCGAUAUCGAAGACGAGCCCGAAGACAUCUUCGCCGCUGCUUCUGGCCUCUUCUUCAACGACUUUGCAAACCAGCAUGGCGGCGAACGCAGCACAAUCCUGUAUAAGAGCAAGAAAUUUGGCAACAUCGAGCUGAGAACGGCGGAUCCCGAGCGCGAGCACGACAGAAAGCUUUUCGCUCACUACUUAUGGAACGCGGGCAUAAAGCUGGCAGAACUGAUUAGCGGGGAUAAGGAGGAGUGGACUGUGAGGGAUGAGAAAGUCCUGGAGCUGGGCGCAGGUGUGGAUAAUGAUUAUUCUGCAGGUGAAAGAGCUGGCUGGCUGAUGGUGGUUGGUGAACAGGUGUUGGCCUAGAUGGAAUCAUUGCGACUUUGGCAGGUGCCCGAGAGGUGAGACCGCCGGAAUGGCUGUCUGGGCCGGAAGCACGAGGCGAGGCGUUAACGGGAGGGACAGGUCGUGAUCUCGGACUAUCCCGCCAAUGCCUUGCUCGACAACAUCUUGAGAAACGCAGAGGGAGCUGUUCCGCAGAGUGCAAGGUCUCGCUACCGGAUAGAGGGCUAUGAGUGGGGGGAUGAUACUUCUCCCUUUGCUUCUUCUAAUGCACAUUCAUUCGGCCGGAUCUUGGCGGCAGACUGCUUUUGGAUGCCUCACGAGCAUGAGAAUCUGGUCAAGUCGAUGCUGCAUUUCCUGGACUGGUCGCAUAAAGCGCGUGUCUUCGUCGUCGCUGGCUUUCACACUGGCCGCGCAAAGGUGAGGCUCUCGCUCCCUCGGAGCGACAAUGCGAUACUGACACCAGGAACAGCUGGCAGGCUUCUUCGACGAAGCUACAUUGCAGGGUCUCGCUAUCGAGGAAAUCUAUGAGGAGAAUGCCGAGGGCGACAGACGAGAAUGGCAAAAGGAACGAGACAAUGGCCUUGAAAACGUCACGGAACGCAAGAGGUGGCUCGUCAUCGCUAUCUUGGGGCGACAAGCUUCUUGA